AUGUCAAACACGGCUGAUCUGACUGCGACCUUGACAUCUGUUCUGUCUAACCUCCCGCCCCCGGAGAAGAUUCAAGAUGCCGAGCGUAUGCAGCUCUAUGGAAUAAUAAGUCAGCUCCAAGCGGCUUUAGAGCCACCUCAGGUGGCGAUUCAGAGGUUUUGCUUCUCGCACUAUGGUAUUGUUGUUAUUCGGGUCGCUCAAGGCAUGGGAAUUUUCGACGCAUUUAGUCAAUCCAAAAAUGCGGAGAUGACUUUAAAUGAACUUUCUUUGCAAACUAAAGGCGAUGAAGUGCUUUUAAAACGUGUCAUGCGGUUCCUUUGCUCCCACCAGAUCUUCCAAGAAACUGAAAACCAGACAUAUCGGCCAUUACCAUUGGGAAUGGCAUUCGGAUCGGUAGCUGGAGAUAUGAUCAAACACUUCCAUACAAAUAUGCAGGUCACCGCGAAGUUAUUCGACUAUUUCGAGUCUAAAGGAUAUAAGAAUCCAGAGAAUUCCGAGGAUGCACCUUUCCAAUUCGCCUACAACACUAGCGAUCAUUAUUUCAAGUGGCUUCAAAAACAUCCUGCUGCCCAACAGUCUUUCAAUACGGUGAUGACGACGAGUCAAAGCCAUCGUGGCGAAGAUUGGUUCAAAAUCUAUCCAGUGACAGAAAAGCUCAAUGUUUCGCCGGAUCAAAUCUUGCUCGUUGAUAUUGGUGGAGGCGUGGGUCAUGACCUUAUCGCUUUCAAGAAGCAGUUCCCGGAACUACCGGGCAAACUUGCUCUCCAAGACCUUCCACAAGUGAUUGAUACAAUCAAAGAGCCCCUGUCAGGUGACAUUUGCGUAACUCCGCAUGAUAUGUUCAAGCCCCAGCCGAUUCGGGGUGCUAAGGCGUAUUACAUGCGAACAGUGUUACAUGAUUUUCCGGAUAAGCAAGCCCUGGAAGCCCUUGCUCAUAUUCGUGAAGCUAUGGCGGAGGACUCUGUUCUGUUGAUACAUGAACACACGCUUCCGGAAGGAUCCAAUAUUCCACCUCUAGCAGCAACACUUGAUCUGCAUAUGAUGGAGAUAUUUUCAUCCCUGGAACGGACUGAAGAGCAAUGGACUAAUUUGCUCAAGAAAGCAGGAUUCCGGACAGUCCAUGUCUGGAAAGCUCCCCCGGGUGGUCAAUCCAGUGCUGUGUUUGAAGCUACUUUGUAA